GCUCCGAGGCCGCCAUUUUGUGACUGUUCCGCGGCCGCCCGCCGUCGUCUGCGCAGGCGAGGCGGUGGCGUCACGAGAUUCCGGCUUCCACCCGCUGUGACUCUCCUGGGAGGCGGCGACGCGCGCGCGGCCCGUCGCCAUUGGGCUGGCCUUGCGGAGGGGGGGUCGGCUCCGCCCGCACUUCUCGGCCUUUCCUGACUGCGGCAGACGGGAGGGGGCCAGAAGAGCCGGGGAGAGAGUGCGGCUGCGCAGUUCCUGAGGCGGCAGUGGGCGUUGCGGUUGCUGCGGUCUGGGCCCAGGGAAGGAUCGUGUUGGGAGCCGAGUUUUAAUUUUGUCUGCAAGGGACCUGGCCUAGUUAAGAGGCACUCUUGGCAGUCUUGUUUAUAACAUCACCGGGAAGUAGUAGCCGGACAUGAGUGGCUGUCGAGUAUUCAUCGGGAGGCUAAAUCCAGCGGCCCGGGAGAAGGACGUGGAAAGAUUCUUCAAGGGGUAUGGACGAAUACGAGAUAUUGAUCUGAAAAGAGGCUUUGGUUUUGUGGAAUUUGAGGAUCCCAGGGAUGCAGAUGAUGCCGUAUAUGAACUUGAUGGAAAAGAACUCUGCAGUGAAAGGGUUACAAUUGAACAUGCCAGGGCUCGAUCUCGAGGCGGAAGAGGUAGAGGACGCUACUCAGACCGUUUUAGUAGUCGCAGACCUCGAAAUGAUAGACGAAAUGCUCCACCUGUAAGAACAGAAAAUCGGCUUAUAGUUGAGAAUUUAUCUUCAAGAGUCAGCUGGCAGGAUCUCAAAGAUUUCAUGAGACAAGCUGGGGAAGUAACCUUUGCGGACGCACAUCGACCUAAAUUAAAUGAAGGGGUAGUUGAGUUUGCCUCUUAUGGUGACUUAAAGAAUGCUAUUGAAAAACUUUCUGGAAAAGAAAUAAAUGGGAGAAAAAUCAAAUUAAUUGAAGGCAGCAAAAGGCACAGUAGGUCACGAAGCAGGUCUCGUUCCCGGACCAGGAGUUCCUCGAGGUCUCGUAGCCGUUCUCGGUCCCGGAGUCGCAAGUCUUACAGCCGGUCCAGGAGCCGGAGCCGGAGCCGGAGCAAAUCCCGUUCUGUUAGUAGGUCUCCUGUGCCUGAGAAGAGCCAGAAACGUGGUUCUUCAAGUAGAUCUAAGUCUCCAGCAUCUGUGGAUCGCCAGAGGUCCAGGUCCAGGUCCCGGUCCCGGUCAAGGUCCAGAUCAGUUGACAGUGGCAAUUAAACUGUAAAUAACUUGCCCUGGGGGCCUUUUUUAAAAAAAAAAAAUUCCCAAACCAUACUUGCUAAAAAUUCUGGUAAGUAUGUGCUUUUCUGUGGGGGUGGGAUUUGGAGGGGGGUUGGGUUGGGUUGGGCUGGGUAUCUUUGUAGAUGUGGACCACCAGGGGUUGUUGAAAACUAAUUGUAUUAAAUGUUUUUGAUAAGCCUUCUGCUCACAUUUUUGUGAAUGUCUGAAGUAUAUAGUUUGUGUAUAUUGACAGAGCUCUUUUAUAACUAAAGCAAAUUUAAUUUUUUUGUACUAGAAAAAUUUGAACGUUUUAGUUCCUGGUUAUUCAAAUAUGUUAAUACAAAAUUAGUUUAAUGCCUCACUUAAACUAAUUAAUAGCUUUGGACACUUAAAAGAGCUCUAAAUUUGCUUGUACGUAAAGGCUUAAUUUGAGUUUUCCUUGUUAGGGUCAAGGGUGUCCAUCCACCCACCCUUUAACAGCUGCCUGGCAAAGACAUUAAAGCAGCUGUUUGUUAUUGAUAAUAAAAGAUUAUAAAACUGA